GGGCUGAAAGCAAGUAAUAAAUGUGAAAGGUCUAGGACAAGAAACAACAAAAAAAAUUAUUUCCUCAUUCUCUCUAACCAUACCUUUUAAGUCUUCUUCCUGAUUUAUCACAUUUCAUGGACAAAUACACUUGGCCACACCUUCUGACAUUGCUCAAUACUUGCUUAAUUGAAAAAGGCUGAGGCAAAUCAAAGGAAGGGCUCUCAUUGCCUUCUCCCCAUCACCCGAUAAAUAGCCAACCAAGCCCUCAACACUCCUGAACACUGUUGGAGAGAUGAGACAACCACACUGGCUGCCCUUGGUGGGGCUCUUGCUGUUUUCUCUUAUUUCAAGCCAAGUAUGCACGAUCUGUGAGGUAAGUAAAGAAGACUACUUCCGCCUAAAGCCUCUGUUGAACACAAUAGUCAAAUCAAAAUAUACCGGGGCAACCAAAGCUGCCAAUGUCCUGUUGUCUGUCAGAGUUGUGGGGAUCCAGAACCAAACCCUAGAGCAACGGCUGCUCCAACGAGUCCGAGACGCUGGGGAACGGAAAGUGACAAAUUUAACCUCUGGACAGCUUGCCUUGAUUACAAUGGCUUUGGGAGCAUGUCAUAGCCAUGAUGAAAACUUUAUACAUGAUCAUCACCUAAUCAGCCAGCUAGAAAAUAAAUUCCAAGCAGAAAUUGAAAAUAUGGAAACACAUGAUGGCAAUCCAUUGACUAACUACUACCAGCUCAGCCUGGACGUAUUGGCCUUGUGUCUGUUCAAUGGAAGCUACUCAGCCACCAAAGUUGCUGAAAUCUUCUCUCCUGAAAAUAAAAAUUUUUAUUUCGGUGGCCAGUUCUCAGUAGAUACUGGUGCGUUGGCUAUCCUGGCCCUGACCUGCGUGAAAAGGAAUCUAACGAACGGGAAGAUCAGAGCAGGUGGAAAGGAUUUAGAGAGGAUCAGUAAUCACACAAAGGCACUGGUAAACAAGAUUCUCCUUGAGAGAAAAGAAGAUGGUCUCCUUGGAAAUGCAUUCAGUACAGGAAACGCUAUGCAGGCCCUUUUUGUGUCAUCAGAGUAUUACCAAGAAAGUGAAUGGAAUUGUCAAGAAACUCUGAACACAGUGCUCAAGGAAAUUUCUCAAGGAACAUUCGGUAUUCCAAUUGCCGCAGCCCAGGUCUUCCCUGCUCUGAUGGGAAAGACCUACUUAGAUGUUAACUCCUGUGUCCCUCGUUCAGGUAACUUCAACAUUCCCAUUCCUCUGCCUAUAACUGUGGCACCUCUUAAGCCACCCUCAUAUAUCUCAGUCAAUUACUCUGUGAGAAUCAAUGAAACGUAUGACACCAAUGUCACCGUGCGACAUGGUUCUGUCUUUCUGGAUGUGAUGGAGCAAGCUCAGAAACAGAACAAGACUGUAUUUGGUUUCACCAUGGUGGAGAGUGACUGGGGCCCCUACAUCACCUCUGUUCAGGGCCUAAAGGCCAGCAGUAAUGACAGAACCUACUGGGAACUUCUGAGUGGAGGCAAACCACUGAGCCAAGGAGCUGGUAAUUAUGUUGUCCGUGAAGGAGAAAACUUGCAGGUUCGUUGGAGCAAAUACUAAUAAGCCCAAACCUUCCUCAGCUGGAUAAAAGCCUUUUGCAGUGGAAUUCCAUGCAGAAAUUGGCCUCAUGCCUUCCUUUUCACUUAUCCUAAUUCCAAUAGGAGAGUCAGUAACCUUCCCUUCUCUCUCUACAUGUUCAAUAAAAAGACUAGCAACUACACAAAAAGAGCAUGUUCUGAGCGCUUCAUUUUUUAAAGGGUUUUAGAAGUUAUUAGAGGGAAGACCACCUCAGGAAGAAGUAUAAAGAGGUUAGACCACAUGUCUAAUAAGCGGGGCUCUACUCAAUGUUUCCCUACUAACUGUCUAGGUGACCUUGGGCAACCGGGUAAAUUGGAGAUAAGGGUCUAGAUCUAACGUUGCAGCUGCAGAAAGUUUGCAGGGAAACUGAAUUCUCUGAGGCCUGCAUGCAAAAGAGGAACCCAGUGGUCAUAUUGACUUCAGACAGGCAGUGGGCAGAGAGAGAAAUGUCGCUCAGAAGAAAGGGGGAGAUGGGAGGCUUAUGCAUGCAAAGUCAGCCCUUGGUUCAUGAAACAAUACCAUCUCUUCUUCCCAGCUGUCUCCCUUGGGCCCCACUUGUUCUUCUCCCACAUUUAUUUUCCUUUUAUUUCAGAAUAAAUCACCCUGAUAUUCAUAUCACCAAAAUA